AUGUACAUUGUGGUGCAUGUGCUAUUUUAUCUGUACACUGCAAAAAGUCGCAGAACAGAGUGCAGAGCGUUCGCUUCUGUCUCUGUUUUCUUUCUUCUCAUUUCCCAUCGCAUAGGCUUCAAUCUCUUCAUUGCUUUGCUCGUCUACUCGCCGCUGUCCUUCUUUUUCUUCCUCCUCAGCUGCUGGACUUGCGUGUGCGUUUGCCUAGAAAGCUCAAAUCCUUCCUCUUUCCGGUCUGAUAUUCUGCUUCUUCUUCCCGUUAAGCAGCUGAGUAGAACUCAUCUCUUAUCGUUCAGUGUAGUCAAUGAGCUGAGGAGUGGCUGUUACUACUGCACUUCUAUUUGGGGUAAGAUGUUGAUGCUUUCUUCUUCUCCUUUGGAUUCAAAAGCAGAGUGAUCAUCCUUUCUCUUCUUCCUCUGGCCGUAGAGUGCGACGUUCCUGCUCCUUAGGUUUGCUGUCAUAAUUUUGAGGAAAUUAAGCUAUAUUUUGGUUGGU